CGAUUUCUGAAAAGCAAUCCGAAAUUACCGAUCAACUUCUGAUCUGUAAUAGAACCGACCGAUGCCCCACUGACAGCCAAAGUGGCAUUUACAAAGUGAAAAUUCCCGGACUAAGGAACUUCGAGGCUGCCUGCAAUAAGCAAGGUUGGAUGACGAUCGAAAGGCGUAUCGAUGGAUCUGUAAACUUCACACGCGACUCGGAGAGUUAUAAGAACGGAUUUGGAGAUAUACGCACAGAGUUCUUCAUCGGGCUGGAAAAACUACACCUGAUGACAGAACAACGACCUUUUGAACUCAACAUUACACUUGUCUUCGCUAAUGGAACUACAACCUAUGCCCAUUACGCUGAUUUCAAAAUCGGCGAUGAGGCAUCAUUGUAUGAGCUAGUAAGUUUGGGAUCUUUUGAAGGUACAGCCGUGGACUCUCUGUAUUGGAACACGAAAAAGAAGUUCUCCACUCUCGACCAGGAUAACGACCUCGUUUCUAGAAGUUGCGCCCAAACGCACGGUGGUGGCUGGUGGUUCGCCGAAUGUGGAUAUAGUUCGCCAAAUGGAGUUUACAGUAAGAAUGGCAUUGCUCCUAAAUUGAAUGGAAUUCAUUGGGGAUGAAAUGAUGAUAAGGCCUAGGGUCUUUUAGUUUAUAG